UGUAUGUCAAGAGAGAGAGAGAGAGAGAGAGAGAGAGAACGUCAUUAAGUGACAAGGCGCCGUCGUGGUCAGAAGUCUCUCUCUUCAUUCCCGGCAGCUAUCUGUUAUAACUCGGCGCCCCAUGCCUUCCACCGGUAUGGCUCUGUUUGAAGGGAAAUAUCAACACGAAAAAUCAAAGAAUUAUGAAGAAUUUCUGAAAGCCAUAGGUGUUCCACUAGUUCCUCGGAAGGUGGUGGCUAACUCCAGCCCAGUAGUGGAAGUGACGAGGUGCAAAGGAGAAAAGAGUGAAGGUGGAGAAGAGAACUGUGAAGAACAAUGGACCAUCCGCAUGUCCACACUGCUUCGCGAUAUUGAGUAUCGCUUCGUUCCCGGUCAACCCAUGCAGUCAGAGUCUAUGGGUGGGCAGGCUAAGAAUGUGUUCACCAUUGAGAACAAUAGAAUCAUUCAGAGACAAGAUGCACCAACAUAUACAACAGAGAUAGUGCGGGAGUUUACUGAUGACGGUUUGACCAUGACGAUGAAGCACGUUCAGUCUGGAACAGAGAGCCAUCGCUACUUCAAGAGGAUCAAGUAAAUAAAGAAGCUCUAAUUCCUUCAAGGAAGUUGAAUAGAUGAUUUUUUUUCAUUAAUUUCCAUUUCAUAUUUCAUUUUAGUAUGUUCAUAGCACUGUUCAAAAUGCUACUUGUGUCCAUCCAAUACGCACGCGUACUGUGCACAUAUACAUACCGGCUGCCCGUCAGGAGCGUUGCAUAGUCUAGGGAAUGAAAAGUUCAAUCCAUUUUAAGUCAAAAAUAUUUUAUAGUCAAACGUUUAAGAGAGAGAGAGAGAGAGAGAGAGAGAGAGAGAGAGAGAGAGAGAGAGAGAGAGAGAGAGAGAUUAUAAGAUUAAAUAAAAACAAGCGUAUUGGUAAUAGAAUUUAUCUGUUAAGAUAAGAUUGUGUAUAUUUGAAUUUUAUACGGUAACAUGACAGUGCUUUUCAUUGGUCUGUAGUGACGUGUGCUGACUGUCAUACCUGUAAUAAUGUGUAUGUGUUUGUGAAUUAUAUAUGUUUUAUGUUUUUGUCUCAAAAAAUUUCCUGAAGAGUUCAUUGUUAUUAUUUCUGGAGAUCAGACUAGAUUGAGUAUAAAUUAUAAUAGUAUUGGAGUCUUUAAGUUAUACAUUUUGUAUUUUUCCUGACGUAUAUGAUUUUAUCUAGUAAUGUUGUUAUAUGUAAGAGAUAUCUAAUGAAACACAUCAAAAUGA